CGCUGAUGUUGCGGGACCUCUUGGUGUGACUCCUCCACGCCAGCAGGUGGCGGUCAUGCACUGGAUGCCUGUAAUCGCGUAACGCUAGAAGAUACCACUGCUAGCCUUCAGACUAGCAGGAUUUUUUUUUUUUUAAAAAGCAAUAAUGGACCAGAAAAUUCCCUAUGACGACUAUCAGCUCCCAGUGGUAUUCCUGCCUUCUUAUGAGAACCCACCUGCAUGGAUACCUCCACAGGAGCGGGUUCAUCAUCCUGACUAUAACAAUGAGCUCACCCAGUUCCUGCCUCGCACCAUUGUAUUGAAGAAACCUCCAGGGGCACAGCUGGGCUUCAACAUCCGUGGUGGCAAAGCUUCACAGUUAGGAAUCUUUAUAUCCAAGGUGGUCCCAGAUUCAGAUGCCCACAGAGCAGGGCUACAGGAGGGAGACCAGGUUCUUUCAGUCAAUGAUGUUGAUUUCCAAGAUAUAGAACACUCAAGAGCUGUAGACAUUCUGAAAACUGCACGAGAAAUCCUGAUGAGGGUUCGCUUCUUUCCCUACAACUACCAAAGGCAGAAGGAGAGGACCGUGCACUAGAUGGCAGCAGAGAGAGACAAAGACUUGACUGCACUUCAUUACAAUCCUCCCACACACUGAUGCAUGACUCACAAUGUCAUUCAGAGUCGUUCAUGCAAGGAAAAUAUACAUGUUGUUUAAGUCUCAGUUUCACAGAUACUCCUUUCUGCAUGCUGUCUGCUGUGUACAUGAUGAACUAUUUCAGUGGAAUGUGUUAAGAAGUUAAUUUCAAGCAUAACUUGUUUUUUUUUUUAGACAUUUUACACUUUAAAUUUUAGAACAUAAAUAUUUUCUGGUCAAGCAAAACAUUUAAACAUAGCCUUUGCUUAAACUUCCUUAAGCCCUAAUAUGAUGUUUCUAAAUAGGGAAAUAAGGUCCUUUGGUCAAUUUAUACACAAUAUGUUUAAUUUAUAGUAAAUAUUUCCAAUUGUUAUGAAAUACUAAGGGAUGUAAAUAUACAUUUCAGUCACUGCUUUUGAGAGCUACUUACCAUUAAUAUUUUAUUGUACUUUUUUAUGUUUCAAGCAUGAGUUUUCCACACACUGUGCCUGUUUCAUGAACUUUGUAUCUGAGGUGCCGAAUAAUUUACAGGCAUACCUUGUAACAUGCUAUUAAAGUGCAUAACAUUUAUCCUAGUGUGCUGGUAAAGCUUGUAAAGCUUGUAAUGGGGUGUUACCUGUGCAGUGGAGGCUCCAAGGUUUGCAGGUUUAAUUCAAACCAAAGACAGUCUGGUGCUUUCAUAAUUCUGGCCUGCGUGGUUCAAGAUGUGCUUAGUCAGUAAAAUCUGCAGAUCCAGGACCUCUGGCUGCACAUUAAAUCUGCACACACUGGAACGUUCAUAGAAAACAGUUGAGUACCUAUAUUAUUAUUACUGCAUUAUGCUUUUAUACAUUACAUUGGAUGUUGAUAGCUACUAUUUUCCUCUUAGUAUUGUCUUUGUUUCUGCACACUAAUCAUUUUCAUGUAAAGAAUUAAAGUUUGGAUUUUCACUUGACCUGAAAGGGUUCAGUAUUUUUCAUAGAGGGUGACGAUCACAAAAAUAAAACUCUACUCUUUGACCUCU